GACGUAUAACCUCACUUCAAGUUUUGUGGGCGUUCUUGAAAACAAGUCCUUUGAGUUCUUACCCCAUUCCCUUUCACUCUCCCUCAGACCCAACAAAUCAAACAACAACAACCACCACAAACGCGUCCUUUUUCAGAUCCCUCACUGCAUCAUCGUGAUCUUCACUCCCCAAAUCACUAGAUUCAACCUAAGUAAGUAAUAGAUUAAUCAAUCCAAACAAAAAUUCCCACUAAUUUGGUCUCUUCUAUUCCCGAUUUUCUUAUUCUUUUCCAGUUUCCCCCAAUUUUAUUGAAAGGUGAUUUUUCUAUUUGCGGUCUUGUCUCAACAACAAGACAGCAUAAAGAUGAGCGAGGUUUUUGAAGGGUACGAGCGCCAGUACUGCGAGCUCUCUGCAAAUCUCUCUCGCAAAUGCAGUUCAACCUCUCAUCUUUCGGAUCAAGAUCAGAAGCAGCAAAGCCUUUCUGAGAUUAAAGUUGGACUAGAUGAUGCCGAUGUGCUGAUACGGAAAAUGGACCUUGAGGCUAGAAGUUUGCAGCCAAGUGUAAAAGCAAAUCUGCUUGCAAAGUUGAGGGAAUAUAAAUCUGAUCUGACAAAGUUAAAAAAAGAAUUUAAGAGGUUAACAUCACCUACUGCUGAUCAGGCUGCCCGUGAAGAUUUGUUGGAGGCUGGAAUGGCUGAUGCACAUGCAGUAUCUGCUGAUCAGAGAGAAAGAUUAACUAUGUCAGUGGAGAGAUUACAUGACUCGAGUGAUAGAAUCAGGGAAAGCCGAAGAACCAUGCUUGAGACUGAAGAACUUGGUGUGUCAAUCCUCCAAGAUCUACACCAGCAGCGGGAGACUCUUUUGAGCUCCCAUAAAAAACUUCAUGGGGUAGAUGAUGCCAUUGACAAGAGUAAGAAGGUCUUAACUACCAUGUCAAGAAGAAUAACUAGAAACAAAUGGGUUGUUGCAUCUCUGAUUGGAGCUCUUGUUUUAGCCAUAGUUAUUAUUCUAUUUUACAAAUUAUCUCAUUAGCUAUUAAUAUGCUCAAGAUACGUCUGGAGGGAAGUGAUUCUUCUCUGCUUUCUGUUCUUGGUUGUAAAUAGGAACCACUACCCUGUUUGUUAUCUUUCCAUUUAUUUCUGCAUUGUGACUUCAUGCUAUGCUAUGUUUUCAAUGAUAAUUUGCAUUUAUGCUCUAAAUAGGAACCGCUAUCAUACCUUCAUGAAAGUAAUAUUGUUUCAUUGAGAAACUUUCGUGUUUCUUGAA